AUGCCACACAGCGACGAGCAGGGAAGCCUAGGGGCGAAGGAACUCUGGAGACCUUCGUCCCGAGAAAAAACUCAAAUCUAUGACUUUAUGUCGAAGGUUGGCCAGAAAUAUGACAUCCCCUUGAAGGAUUACAAUGCUCUAUGGCAAUGGAGUAUUUCAGAACCCGCCAAGUUCUGGGAGGAAAUUUGGCACUACACGCAGAUCAAAGCUCACAGGCCAUAUAAACAGAAUCUCUUGUACCCAGCUAAUGCCCCAGAUGAGAACGAUGUUGCCAUCAUCGGCGCUACCGAAGCAGACCGCGAAUUCAUCUCGUGGAAGGAGCUGAGAGAGCGAGUCCGGCAAUGCGCCAAUGCCUUGAAGGAAGCCGGUUUGCAGACCAAUGAUCGUGUAGCUGGCUUUGUUGGAAAUCAUGCCAACACCGUGGUAGCUAUGCUGGCGACCACUUCGAUUGGUGCCUACUGGACGGGCGUCUCGCCAGAUACUGGUGUGCAUGCGGUCCUGGAGCGUCUGAAGCAGAUUGAGCCCAAGAUCCUUUUUGCCGACCAUGCUUCUCUUUACAAUGGCAAGGUCCAUGGCUCUCAUGCUAAGGUGCGCGAGAUAGUCGCUGAUUUACCAUUUCUUGAAGUCUUGGUGGUCUUCGAGACUGCCAAGGACGUGGAUUUCAAGUUUGAAGGGGUCCGGCCUGCGAAUGGAAAGGUUGUAACAUAUAAUGACUUCCAAUCUGCUGUUCAAAAUGAAAGCGCAUCUUUGGAAUUUGCGAGCUUGCCGCCAGAUCACCCAGUCUACAUCCUUUAUUCCUCGGGCACCACAGGUGCCCCAAAACCAAUUGUUCAUGGGUCCUUGGGCACGCUAUUGCAGCAUAAGAAAGAGCAUCUUCUCCACUGUGAUCUCCGACCUGGAGAUCGUCUUUUCUACUUCACCACUACUACUUGGAUGAUGUGGCACUGGCUAGUCUCAGGCUUGGCCAGCGGUGCUACCAUUGUUCUCUACGACGGCUCGCCAUUCCGGCCCUUCGAUGUUGAGGGGGGAAAUGGAGAAAUGGCCAUGCCACGUCUCAUUGAAGAGCUUCAGAUUACCCAUUUUGGUACCUCGGCGAAAUACCUCUCCGUGCUGGAGCAAGCGGCCUUGAAUCCUUCCAAGCAUGCACAUCGUCCAGUUUCUCUUAGCACGCUCAAGGCGAUCUUCAGCACUGGAUCUCCGUUAGCACCAUCAACUUUCGAGUAUGUUUACGCUUCUAUCCAUCCCGACAUCAUGCUGGGCUCUAUCACUGGCGGUACAGAUAUCUUGUCUCUGUUCUGUUCUGGCUGCCCGAUACUUCCAGUGUACAAAGGAGAGAUCCAAUGUCGCUCUCUUGGAAUGGCUGUCACGGCUUUUGAUCCUGCUGGCAAUGAUAUCAGUGCUUCGGGCGAGCCUGGCGAUCUGGUCUGCACCGUGCCUUUCCCAGCGCAGCCGGUCAUGUUCUGGCCACCAGGCCCCAAAGGGCUCGAAAAAUACAGGAAAAGCUACUUCGACGUCUUCGGUCCCAACAUCUGGCAUCAUGGAGAUUUUGUGCGUGUGAAUCCUGUCACGGGUGGUGUUGUGAUGUUAGGUCGCAGUGACGGCGUUCUCAAGCCAUCUGGUGUUCGAUUCGGAAGUGCCGAGAUAUACAAUGUCCUUCUCAAGCAUUUUGCCGAUGAGAUCGAGGAUUCUCUGUGUGUUGGCCGGAGACGCGAGGGUAUUGACUCUGACGAGACCGUGGUCCUCUUUGUUAAACUCUCCCUGGCAAGUCCGUUACCAUGCCAGAGCUCUCGAGCCGGAUUCAGUCCGUCAUUCGCAAAGAGCUCAGUGCUCGUCAUGUUCCUGGCAUCAUCGAUUCUUGUCCUGAGAUCCCAGUGA